AUGAUAAGUGGAGGGGAUUUUCGGUGUCUUGUGUGUGCCAAGGCUUUUCAUCGGAAAGGAGACCUCAAGCGCCAUACGCUGAUUCACACAGGAGAAAAACCGCAUGCAUGUGAUUUUUGUGGGAAAAGUUUUGCUCAGAAAUGUCACUUGAAACAUCACAGAAUGAUCCACACAGGAGAGAAACCAUAUGUUUGUUCUAUUUGUGGGAAAAGUUUUAUCCAGAAAAGUGCUCUGAACGGUCACAUGAUAAUAAAGGUCUGUCUAUAUCCUUUUCUUUUCCAGCAUUUUGGCCAAAACAGAUGUCUGAGAUCUCGUCCUAUUUUUGCCACCAGAGCAACACCCAGAUGUCCUAUCUGUACUUCAACAUUUAGCAGUGUUGGAAAUCUCAAGGUCCACAUGAGAACACACUCCGGUGAAAAACCAUUUGAGUGCAAGUUUUGCCCGAAAGCGUUUGUUUCAACAACGCACUUGAAACAGCACACACGGAUUCACACUGGUGAUAAACCAUAUGUUUGUCACAUUUGUGGUAAGUCUUAUUCCCAGGGCAGUCCUCUAAAGGUUCAUCAUAUUCGAUAUCAUACAAAUAAAGCAGAAUCUCUCUAUUAAGGACACCCUCGGGACUGACAAGUGCUGUCCUUAUUAGAGAGGUGUCCUUAUUAUAGUGGUCAAAUUGAAUGGAAACAACCAAUUUGGGACCAAAACUAGUGUCCUUAAUAGAGAGGUUAUCCUUUAUAGAGAGGUUUUCCUUAAUAGAGAGGUGCCCGCUAAGGGAGGUUCCACUGUAUCAACACGUGAGGUCCUUUUCAUGUAUUCUUAAUGUGUUUAGGUUUUCAGUGCUCCCUGUUCUCAUCAUAUUCAAAAUAAUGUAUACAUGUGAGGUCUGACAGGGGUCAAGAAUGCAACAAUUUCCCUUGGGGCAUUUAAACAAACUUCGAGUUACUUGUGACGACACCGAGCAUUUCCUGUGACAUACAGUUCCAUAUUCUUUAGCAUUUAUCAAGGACCAAUCAACUGUACAGGCCCUGUUAAUUUUGUGCUUUUUGUAGUUCAUAGUUGUAACUUUUUGGCAAAUUUUAAUGUUUUUUAUCACAUUUAAUGCCACUAUAUAUAUAGGCAUCCUAAUAAGUUGAGGUUGAAUUUCAAUACAUGUAACUAAAAUAUAUGCAGUCCAUAUUGGCACUUUGUUAAUUCCUGUUCUGACAAACAAUGCCAACAAAAGUGUUAUAGCUCAAAUCCAUAGGCCUACUCAUGUUCAUUUGGAGAGGUAUUCUCAAUUUGUCAAAACUGUACAGGUAAAAAUUAUUUGUGUAUGAUAAUAGUCUAUAUAUCUUCAGUUCCAUAAUGAUUGUAUGUAACUGCAAAAGAUUCCUGUUCUAUAAGGAAGAACAGAAUCGCUCUUCGGAAAAAAAUGUUUUCCAUUGUUAAAGGGGGACUAUAGGCAGGAGCAGAGAGGCUAAUUUGGCUGUCUUCAAGUGACUAGUAUACAUGUACAUUAAGGGCCAUUGGUCAUGGGACUAAAUAAAUUCCUUGUACAAGUGUGAAUCAUUGAAUCAUUUCAACGUACUGUGAGAUAUGAGAGACCCCUAUUGGUGACUUUGUGUUGCUUUAUCUAGCCUGCCUAGCUGCUGCCUAUAUUGUCCUUUUAAAGGUGAGCAGUGAUUUUGUUGAAAAACAGUCGGACAAAAUAUCGUGCCAUAUUCUCCCUUUAGUUAGUCAGGAACUUGUCAUGUUGAAUUUGUAAACUUGUUUAUCAAAAAUUGUGUUUCUUUUGAAUUUUUGAAUUUCCUGACGUAGGCGGUGAAGGGCUGUUUGUACAGCAGGUGUAGGCUUACAUGUACAAAAGCCAUUAAGGUUGUACAAAAAGGUUUUCAGUCUUGACGUCUGAAUAUUGUGAAAUAUUUGCACUAUACAUGUUAUAAGAAUAAAGAUUUUGUAUU